GCCUGCCAUGACCCCGCCCCUGAGCGCGAGCUGAGGCGAGGGCUGCGGGAGAUGGACGUUUAACCUCGUAGUGAAGGGGAGCGACACACGAGGUGCAUCAUGAGGUUCGCGCAGUUGGUGUCCCGCCAGCUCCCUGGAGGAUUGUUCUCCCUGAAAUGCUCCUAUCCCUUGGUGUGUCACAGUCGAAUGUUUUGGGCAACGCCAAAGAGUUUUUCAGGGUGUCCCAAAAAUAUACCGAGUCUGCUCAGAUUCCUGGGCCAGAGACUGCAGUGCAUGAGGCUGAGGCCUUUCAGCUCAUCACAGGGUCUCUGUAAGUUACACAACCGAGACUUGAAACCGAUUGACCCUGCCAGCUCACCUGAAGCUAUCAGGAAACAUGAAGAAGAAUCAGAAGACGGUGAUGCAGAUGUAGGCUUUGGAACACUAUCUAAUAAAUUUUCAUCUAGAAAAUAUUUUCACAAAACAACAUCAGAGUUGCAGAACUUAAGAUUUCAAGCAGAAGAGGAAGAGGAGGAAAAAGUGUCAGAAUGGAAACCUAGACGUGGUCCUAAGAACACACCAUACUGGUACUUUUUGCGAUGCAAGGCACUGAUAAAGGAAGACAAGCUGGCAGAGGCUCUGAAGCUGUUUGAGGUGCAGAUGCUGAAGGAAGAGCGUCUGCAGCCAGAGGAGAGCAACUACACUGUUCUGAUUGGUGGCUGUGGCAGAGUUGGCUAUGUGAAGAAGGCAUUCAGACUUUACAAUGAUAUGAAAAAGCGGGGUUUAAUCCCCACAGACGCUACAUACACAGCCCUCUUCAAUGCCUGUGCUGAGUCGCCAUGGAAAGAUUCGGGUCUGCAGAGUGCGCUCAAACUACGGCAACAACUAAAGUGCAAAAAUGUGGAGCUGAAUCUGAUAACAUAUCACGCUCUGCUGAAAGUAUGUGCCAUCUGCUCAGAUCUCAGGACAUGCUUUGAUGUACUGAAGGAAAUUGUGCAUAAAGGCCAUGCUGUCACCACAGAGACCUUCAGCUUCCUUCUCAUGGGCUGCAUAAAGGACAAAGAGAGUGGCCUCAGAUAUGCCUUGCAGGUUUGGCGACAAAUGACUAAAUUGGGAAUUAAACCUGAUGGUUACAUUUACAAUUUGAUGCUCCAUGCUGCAAGGGAUUGUGGAAUAGGUGACCCAGUUGUGGCUUCUAACUUGUUGCUAAGAAGCACAGAUGAAAACCCUGCUCAAGUAAAGCUCAUAUCAGGUAGGCGAGGUCAAAAGGUGAAAAGUCAGAAAAGGAAGGGAGCAGACAGUGGAAUUGCUACCCAGUUGGAUGUGGAAACCAUGGAAAAACAAAUAUUUCAAGAAGAUUCCAGAAAAGCUGAGGAACACUUAAUCAACAAUGAAGACAAAGACAUGAGUGAGGUUCAGACUGAGCCAGGAACUGGAUUGGCUGGCCUCACUAAUAAGACAGUAGAAUGCAAUACGAUUGGACACUUCAGAAGAAACCAGGCUAUUUCAGAUCCACCUCAAACAAACCGAGGUCAAUUUGUUGAGCCUGCUUGCAACCUGCCCAAUUUGUUGGACUUAAAAAUCUCCAAUAAGAACUUGGUUUCCUUAGGGACAGUAGCAACGCCCUCUGAUAGGCUGGCUUUGAUGGGGAACAUGGAGGGCUUUUUGAAUAAAAUGAAAGAGGACAAUGUGGCACCCAACAUUAAGACUUUCACACUGUUGGCUGAGCUGAUUGAACCUUUGAGCCAGUCAGAAUCCUCUUUAUUGACAGUCCUGGAUGAACAUAAAGUGAAAGUAGAUGUGACCUUGUUUAAUACUUUGUUGAGAAAGAAGAGUAAACAGGGAGACCUAGAAGGUGCAAAGGGCAUGCUGACAGCUCUAGUGCAGAGGGGAAUAUCACCCAACAUACAGACGUUUUGUAACUUGGCAAUAGCCUGCCGCAAAGAGAAAGAUGGACUGCAGUUACUUUUGGACAUGAAGAACUCUGGGAUUACUCCCAACACCCACAUCUACAGCACCCUUAUCAAUGCAGCUGUGAAGCAGUUGAACUAUACUUACCUCACAGAAAUCCUACGAGACAUGAGAAAGAACCAGGUCCCCCCAAACGAAGUUGUCAUACGCCAGCUGGAGUUUGCAGCUCAGUAUCCACCUCAGUUUGACAGGUAUAAGUCAAAGAACACCUAUCUGGAGAAGAUUGAUGGGUUCCGAGGCUACUAUUUCCGCUGGCUAAAAGCAAUGGGAGCAGAGGAGACUCCACACCCAUGGGCAAAAUACAGAACUAAGAAUUCAGCAGCCAAGGGCAGUGCAGAGGACACGCAGCCCCAGGGCACCAGGGAACAGUAACUAUUGAGAGCAAGUCACUAUUCUCCAUGUGUUGAAUGUGCACGACAUCAGAUGCUGGAACUACCUAGACAGAGGAAUUUGGAGGGUUGUUUCCUUCAGGUGCCGUAUACCUGGCAGCACUGUACUUGUAUGUUCUGACUGUUUAAUAAAGUACCAUCUCAACCGAAAGGAGAAAUAAGAACUAAAAAGGACUAGGUGGUCAUCAGCACAGCGUCGCUUCCCACUACUAUUAAUAGAUGCUUUGUUAAUAAGUGGCAAGCUUGUGUUUGAUUUUGUAAGAGGUUUGAAUUGCCAGAGCUGUUAGAAACAACUACUCAGUGGUUCUCUAAUUCAUCUUCAGAGGUAGUUCAUAAGGCAGUUUUUGAUUCCAUCUGCCUCUCUGGGUCCAGGCAUCACUAAAGAAGAGGGCCUUUAGACCUGAACGGCAGCCAAUGUCUGCUGGUCCCUAGGAGAGGAAACUAGCACCUUCUUAGGGAACUAACAUCACCCCUAGAACACGAGUAACAAGUAAGAGGCUUCAGGGUAGCAGCCGUGUUAGUCUGUAUCCUCAAAAAGAACAGGAGUACUUGUGGCACCUUAGAGACUAACAAAUUUAUGCUCUAAUAAAUUUGUUAGUCUCUAAGGUGCCAUAAGUACUCCUGUUCUUUUUAAGUAAGAGGCUUAUAUUUUUUUUCAAAGGUCAAAACACUUAUUAGAUGCGUCUGUAGAAAAUUAAUAAGAAAGCAUUUGCAUUUCUGGCUGGUUUUAGAAGGGCUACAAUGUAAUCACAUGUGGCAGAGGAGAGGGAGUAUAUGAUAGUGUUAAGCAUUUUAAGUUCUCCAUCUAACAGCUGCUCGUGGAAUAGAGGUACUAAGCAUUUGUAUCAUUAAUGACAACCUCAGGCCAGUUUUUGGCUCAAAUAGGAGACAAUACACAUUUGACCCUAGGUUACUUUCCUUAGUGUUUGCCAAAUGGUGCGAUUAUCCAUGAAAUUAAGUACUCAGUUUGUACCUCCAUGCUGUCCCACUAAACUUACAAUGCAAUUCAUAUUAAGCAGUUUAUUGAAAGGUACCUUCCCCUCCACCGCAAGAAGUGUUCAGGGCUUGAAAGCUAGCAGUCUGGGACUUGCUAGAUUUAGUAACAGACAACAAUUCCAAACCCCAGGAACUCACUCCUAACAGAAAGCUGUAACCCAGGGGGAAUGAGGAAGCUUGACUUUCCAAUGGUACAACACCCAGCCAGGCCAGCUAGCUUCACUAGUACUGAAAUCUGAAGUAACAGAAAACCUGUACACGAGUUUCUGUAUACCUGCCUCACUAUCUUGCUUUAGGGAGUCACUUUGUAAGUAGGACACUACUAUUAAAGACAAAGGGAUAAUUGUACAGGGAUAGCUUCCUGGGUAUGGCAUAGAGUUGUCACUUGUUAAGGAUUACAUCCCAUUCACAGGUGCCUCUACUACUGACAAUACAGCUCUGCUGCCAGGAGCCAUAUGCCAUUGUGAAUAUGUGUAAUCAAUCUUUGAACUGCCUUGUCACAAGAUUAUGCCACUCCACUCUGGGGGGGGGAGGUAAGAUUUUAUUUUAAAAUAAAAUGGUUAUACAAGA